CUGAAUGUGCCGGUCUCAGUAUUAUAACAACAGUGUCGGCUUUAUGAAAACCCACACAGAAGUCACAAGGAUCAGUGGGAAGUGUCUGUUCUCUAGCCAUUUUUUUUGUUUUUUUUCUUUUCUUUUGUUUUUUUCAGCAGGGAGGAUCUUUAACUUCACAUCCCAGCGAGUGAAAACAACCGACACCAUUGACACGGGAAGGACAGAAAGUCUCUGCCGAGGACAGAAACAUUUCGACCGGUAUUUGUCCACAAAGCAGCGGAAUAACUGAACGAGCACAGACGAAGAGCAGCCGAUGGAUCGGUACGAUAAGCUGGAUUUGGAUCUGGAGUGUGAUGGAGGAGGCGUUGCACAAAAAGCAGCAUUGUUCAGUGGGAUGUUCAAGAAAUCCUCUAAGUCUGCAGAACCAUUUAUCCAAGCACAGGACAGUUUAUCAGCCAGUGGUGAACUUUCAAAGAGCAGUGACAGUCUGACUGACAACACCAAGGACAAAGGAGGUGUGUUUAAAGGAAUGUUUAAGAAGACGACCAAAUCUGCCAAAGAGGGUCAGCCACAGGCCACCCUCUCACUACAAAAUCCUGAGUUCUCUGCCAGUAGUGACAGCUUAACAGACAACAAGCCAUCAAAGGACAAAUCAGGUGUGCUGGGUGGGAUAAUGAAACGAUCUCCCAAACCAGGACAUGUCCGGAGGCCUUCUCAGGAUCUUUUGGACAACGAGCUCUCAGGCAGCAAUGACAAUCUGUCUGAGAACACAAACACUAAGGAGUCAGGUGGGUUGUUCAGUGGGAUGUUUAAAAAAUCCCCAAAGCCCAUUGCAGCGAGCACGCAAUCUCAGGAUGAUUUGUCUGCAGCAACCGAGCUCUCAGGCAGCAGCGACAAUCUUUCUGCAAAUGGCAACACUAAGGAGUCAGGUGGGAUGUUCAGUGGAAUAUUUAAAAAAACCCCAAAGCCCUUUGGCGCAAGGACCCAAUCCCAGGAGGAUUUGUCUGCACCCAGUGAGAUCUCAGGCAGCAGUGACAAUCUUUCUGAGAACAACAUGAAGGAGAAAGGACUCCUUAGUGGUGUGUUUAGAAAAAAAGGUGCCAAAUCUCAGUCUCAGGAUGAUUUGUCUAUGGACGGUGAACUCUCUGCCAGCAGUGACAGUCUCAUAGAGAAGUCUUCAAAGGGUGGAGUCGCAGCAAAGAUCCUGAAGAAUCCUUUCACAUCCUCAUCUCAGGAAAAGGAAAAGACUGAACACUCAGGAGACUCAAAUGAGAAUACCUCUGCUACAGAGAAACCCAAAGUCAAGCAGAACGGUUUGAGUGCGAUGAUGAAGAGCACGUUCUACUCUGACAAACAGGAGAAGAACUUAGACACUGAUGGUGAGGAGCCAUUGGACAAUGGAGAGGGCCAGCCAAGUCACAAACAGAAUAAACUUGCUGGAGCGAUGACAAAGCUGAAUCCAUUUCGAUCUGCUAACAAAAAUGAGAAGCAGACAGGCUCUGAUGACGAGGAUCCACCUGCAAGCAGCGAUAAGCCAUCGGGCAACAGACAGAAUGCCAUGAUUGGAGCCAUGUCCAAACUGAAUCUUUUCCGCUCUGCAAAUAAAAAAGACACUGAAGACACAGAGACGCUCAAGGAGAACGAAAAACAAGAGGAAGAGAACCCGAAACCGGUCAAAAGCAACAUGAUCCAGCGAGAAAGGAAGGAAAGGACUGAAACGCCACUGGUCCCACCCAGACCAACUGAGGAGGAAAUGAAGAGGACGUCCGCGUAUGACAAAGUGAAACCAAGAGGAACUGAGGAUAAUCAGGAUAAAAAGGACGCGCUCUCCAGACAGAAAAAAGAGAAGCCUGCAGAGACUCCUGUAGUUCCUGCCAGGCCGUCCGAAGAGGAGAUGAAUAAAGCAGUGAGAAGUGGUCUGCAAAAGCAGAAGAGCAGCUACCAGAGCCAGUCAGAUGAUGAAGGUCUCAAACAAGAUGAAUCUGCUGAGGCCAAAGACGGAGAUGAGGUGAAUCCUCCAGAGAGCAAAACUGCAAAGGAGAAAAAACACAAGCACCAUAACCCAUUUAUGCCACGAGUUGCAGCCAAGGCUUCAUCUGAUGAUGAAGAGCUGAAAGAAAAAGACGAAUCUUUAUCCAAAGAGGAAAAGAAAGAAGAUGAGGGCAAGGACAAAAGAGAGGAGACCAAAGUCAAGAAACCUAAGCGACACAAUCCUUUCAUGCCACGGGUUAAGGCCAAAGUUAUUCAGAGGCACGAACAGGAUGAAGCUGCAGGCAGCACAGCAGAGAAUGAAGGUGGAAAGAGGUCCUUGUUUGACCAGCUGGAGGACUUCCGCACUGACCCGGCACGGCCUGAAGACGAACAGGAUGUGGAGGAUCUCAUGGAGUGGUGGAACACGGUGGAGCCAUGGGAAGACAGGCCUGCAAAUGAGGACAUGACAGAAAAAGAAGAGGCCAAGGAGUUUGCUGUGACGGCCGAAAAGGUGCAGAAAGGAAUUCGUGUCUUCAAUAAACUGUUUUCAGAGCGCGCUGAGAGUCUCUGGCAGCACGUCAUCGACCUGAACGGCAUUGCCGACGGCCUGGACAAGUUCAACAAGAACACAAAGAUCGCUCAAAUCACUGGCGGCUCCACCAGUGCCAUCGGGGGCGUCGCCACCAUUGCUGGCCUUGCUCUGGCCCCAGUCACCAUGGGAACCUCUUUGAUUGUGACGGCAGUGGGAUUGGGCGUUGCCACAGCAGGUGGUCUGACGUCAGCAGGUGCUGGUAUCUCCAACCAGGUCAACAACUCGAUGGACCGCAAGAAGGUGGAGAAGAUCGUAGAGGACUACCAGGAGAAGAUAUUGGACUUGAACAAGUGCCUGAAAUUUAUCAAGCAGGGUAUUGAAAACCUGCGCAGAUUUGACCUGAUCAAGAUGAAGAAACAUGCAUACAAUCAGGACUUCCCUGUGCUCAGUAGCAGUUUCUAUGAGGACGGUGCCAUGGCGGGAAAAGCAAUCCUCAUCAACGCCAAUGAGAUCAUGCGUGUGGUCCAGAUCGCCAACGUAGCCGGCAGCACAGCAGCCAGAGCGGUCCAGAUUGCCAGUAUGGCCACUGGUGUGCUCACCGGACUCUUUGUAGGUAUGGACAUCUACUUUGUGGCUAAAGACUCCAAAGAACUCAAGAAGGGGGCCAAGUCAGAGUUUGCCGCCAAAAUCAGGGAGGUGGCAACGCAACUGCACGAUGGUCUGGUAGAACUGAACGGGAUACGAGAGGAGCUGCAGUCCACCACGCAAGACAGCAACACAGGCAAAGAUACGGCUGCUUUGGACAAUGACAAGAAAGCGAAAGAUGAUAAAUAUGACAGUUCAGAUGAAGAUGAAAUCGACCGCAUCAAAAAAGCCAUAAAAAAGGACAUAGAGAACCGUGAAUACGUUUGACCAAAACUUCAAACUCGUUCCUCAUGCAAAAUAUUUUUUAAAGUACAGGCUCAAAACCACAAUCAGGCAUAUUCUGAAUGUCCAAAGACAAGACUUCAUAUUGGAUGAAAUACACAGGUUUCUAAAACUUCUGGAUUUUUCUUUCAGGGAACUGACUACUUGAAAUCUGACCAGGAUGUACACUACUGAGAGAAAGUGGGGUUUUACAGUAGAUCAAGCAUCAUAACUGCUUCUUGGGCAGUUGUGGCAAGGUGUGAAACUGACGUGUUGUCUUUUCAGAAAGUGGGAUUUAGAGAUUUAAAUAAAUCAUGUAUUUGGAUAGUGCAGUUUUAGAUUAAGAAACUGGUGCAGAGUAUUUUCUAGAUUUCAUCAUUUAGACAUUUAGAAAAUGUUACUCAUAGGGAGGAGUGCCUUCAUUAUUUAUAAUGCCUUAGAAAAACAGUAUAAUGCAGUGUAGCAUUAGUCUGUUUGCGUAUGUCGUGUUUUUUGGGGGGAUCAGGGCUGCAAUGAAAUCAUUUCCCUGCAUCUUCUGCUUCAGGUUUUGGAUCUGAUGUAUGACACUUUAAAGUUUAACAAGUCUUGUUUGUGCUUGAUGAUAAUCAUCUCAUUUGAAGAAUGACAGUAAUAAGUUUUGUUUUAAAACUGCUGCACAAGAAGGUAGAUUUUUUUUUCUUUUACUAAAGAGCAAAUAAAACUAUGGUGGGAGAGAACACAGUUGGGUUGCAUCAGCUGUUCAUGAAUCAGUCACUAAAUUUGGUUUUAGUGCUGAGUCACUUCUAAGGUCUUACUAACUACCAGCUGGUGCAAAACUAGUGACUUGCUAAAUUGGGCUGCACCAUUGAAUACUACGUCUAAGACAGUGCAGUAAUGUGUAAAACGAUUAUUAGGAAACAUCUGUAGUGCCAAAAACAAUCAACUGAAUAAACAGGAAAUCACAAGCUAUAACUUUCAAAAAUAAAAAUUUUAAGUGAUAUAUUAACUUAACUGCCAGUCCUUUGUAAAUGUAGGCAUUCGUCUGCUUUAUUUAUGUUUUAGAGAUAGUGUUCAUACAGUUAAGAGUGAAGGGGAAAUAUCUGAUAAUGUUAACCUAUGUGGUCAUUUGGUCUAAUGUUAGUAACAUUAUUUUCUAAUUUGUGGUAUAAUUGUUUUCUCAGUUUGCAUGAUCAUUAAUCAGAUUUUUUAUAAAGUGUCAACCAUAUUAAACUAGCAAGCUAACAUUACCUUUGUCAGUUUUUAGCAUUAGCUAGGCAACGCUUACACCUGGUAGUCGCUUUGUGUAGCAGCUAAACUCUACAUGAGAAUUUGUUUUUGUGGAGCAACCUGUUGUAAUUUAGUCACACUUUACAAAUGCUUGGUUAAGUUUUUCUAAGCUGACAGCGAGUGCGACCAGCUCCAGGCUUAGCUGUUGGUUUUUGAUCAUAUUUUCUGUUAGAAGCUUUAAUGGUGGAUCCUUGUUACAUGACUGGAAUGACACAGGACUAUAAAAACCAGCCUGGACUGACUUAACCUGUCUUUGAAUCAACCAUGUCCGUUUAUUGGAGCAUUCAUUUUUUUGAAGGCCACUAUCUCAAAGUCAAAGUUUGAUAUGCUGUUUGUACUGUAAGCUCUGAGGACCACUCUUUGUUUAAUGAACUUCAUAUGUACUUUUCAGUCUUACUCUGGGUUCAGCUGCUUAUUCCUUUUAAUGUGCAAUAUACUGGAGAACUUCAUGUGUAAUAAAUGUAAAUGUAAAAAUUGUUAAUAAAAAGUCAGAGAACCA